AUGCAAAUCAAAGCUGUUGAGCAACCAGUCAGCUCCCUCGCCUCUUAUGGCCAAAUUGUACUCUUUGGAGACAGCAUCACGGAAGGUGCAUGGAAUGUUGAAUGGUUCUCUCACGGCGCAGCCCUAGCGCAUGACUAUAAUCGCAGGCUGGAUGUUAUGAAUCGUGGCUUUGGCGGGUAUACUACGCGUCAAGCACUAGAGUUGCUCCCGCGUAUUUUCCCAACAAAGACGGAUGAUCUUAAACUCGUCUUGCUCUUUUUUGGCGCAAACGAUGCCGUCUUGCCUGGUUUUGUGCAGCAUGUGCCGUUGAAGGAGUAUAUCGCCAACAUACGACAACUUGUUGAGAGCCCACAAUUGGCCGGCAAGGUCAUAGUCUUGACGCCGCCGCCUGUGGAUGAAUACACAACGGGAGAAGAACGAAAAGCAGAGGCAACUAGGCAAUAUGCAGAAGCAUUGCAAAGUUGGUGUACAGACAACAAGAUACCCUGUGCUGAUGUAUGGAGGGCCUAUAUGGACCAGCUUGAUUGGAAGGCAGGUCAGCCAUUACCUGGAAGCCUGGCCAAUCCACAGAAUACCAUGCUCACAUCCUUUUUCCGGGACGGUCUUCAUCCCGUUUCUGCUGGAUAUCUCAUCAUCUAUGAUACAGUGAAAGCAGCCAUUGAGCAACACUUUCCAGAACUUUCGCCUGACAAUGUUGAGCCACAAGUCCCACAUUGG